AUGGGCCUGAUGAUACUGCAUUGUGAUAGCUUAUUUGGCCACCUUGAAGCACCCUACUUCACAGCAGAGAGACAUUCUCCUAACGCCGAUUCAAUCUGUGGUCCAGUUCCAUCAGCAGUCAGCAUCUCGCCUCCAGCUGACUUGGACUCCAGUCCUAGUCGACGCCGAUGGUUAGAAGCGCUGGCCGCAGUUACGACGACCGAAGGCAACCGGUCUCUUCGCCUUUCCUCGGCUAACUGCCGACCAUCUAUCGGCCAUUCUAAAUUUAUACCUAGCAGUAGUGUACAAAGCCUAGGUUCGGAUUCUGGUGCCGAUGCUAGCCCCAGCGAACCGGCUGAACUUAGACAUCACCUCGACUCAUCUAUGGCCAUUACUGCAACUUCGAUAUCUCUAAAUGCAGUUGAUACAGAGGAACCGGGGCCUUCUAGCAUGGAACCUCAAUCUGAUAUGAUGGAUCGCGGCGGUAAUCUGGAUAUGUUAGAACAGCUGCCCAGACCGAUGUCAGAUCUGGAGAGCAAUUUGAUACUGCCUGUUCGUUCGAUAACCUUCGAUUUCGGACUACCCAUACUCGGACUCAACUUUUCUAACAUAGACGAUGGUCAUGCAGCAAUGGAUUCUCUUUACUCAGGAGAUCGUGUUGCCUCGGAAACAGACCACGCGAGGAGAGAGGUGGAGGAUGAUGGGGAAAUUGUCGAUUUAGGCGACAAGAAUUCCUUGGAUGAUUUUAGGAAGGCAGUCGAAGCCAAUACAUUUAGUGCGAUGGGAUUGACAUCCUUGCCUGGGGACACGUCUUCCUCCUCGAGUGAUGAACUGCCAGCUUCACUUCAGCUUGAUGAGAUCAAAGCCCACUUGGAGGCGAAUAUCAAGCGACAGCAUCAAACCGGACUACAGAAUAACUCGCAGUUUUCCCGUCCUCAAAGUCAUCGGCGCAAGACUACUUUAUCGAGUCUAAUGCUCUGCUCCUCGACCUCUGUGACUGGGCUUGCUUCAGACAGAGACUCUACUGAUGAUGACGACUUUUCUGAAACCGUUGAUGAAGCUAUCCUUAAUGAUUCGUCUGGUGACCAACAAAGACAGGAAGAAUCAAUCCCAAGUCGGACCCAAGCCAGACGUCUAUCCGGCUCCGGGUCUAGGGGUCUCUUAUUUGACAACGAGCCAAUUGAAUCGGCUAUUGGGUCUCCAAAUCGGAUUGCAAGUCAUUCAUCCGGCCGUCUAGCAGGUUGGCGUGGAGAGCUGCGAAGACACAGCCUGGCUGUUGGUGCUGCUGCCAGUGCGGCGAGGCGGUCAUUCACUGCAGCAACGAGACUUGGAAGCAAUGGCAGCACAGGUGGACAUGCGGCUGGGACUGAAUCUGGAAGUCUUUCUGGCUCUCACUCCAAUAUUCAGACAGCUGAUUACAAAGCGUAUUAA